AUGCUUCUCCUGACGGCGUGGAGCGUUCAGGACCGAGCGAUGUUCCUGCGGUUGCUGGAACUUUGCGUCCUGUCUGCCGUGCUCUCCGCCGUCAGCGGCGAGGACGGCGAGGACGCCACGGUCUCUCCGGAAGCCCACACCCUGCCCAGCUGGUACGGAGGGAACGGGGAGGCCUUCAGCGUCGACCCGGACUCCCAGAAGCUGCCUCGGCUGCGCAGUCCGGUCGGCCAGGAUUUCCUGGUUGACCCCAACACCUUCUUCAAUUCCUCCGAGCUCCCGUCUGACGGGUCUGAAGAGUCGGGGUUUCCCGAUGACCCCGACCACGUGGUGCAGAUGUGGCCCCCUGCUGGGAACAUGACCAAAACUGACAACAAGCAUCGGAUGUUUGACGGCCCGGCGAUCGCCCCGCCCCCUGAGGACGACGUCUGUCUCAUGCUGAUGAGCGCGCCGGUCCCGCCGCCGCCGUCCCAGGUCCCUCUGCCCUGCAUCUGCAAGUACUGCAAAGGAACGGCGGGCCAGAGGGGGCAGCGUGGAGACCGAGGCCGUCCGGGUUCUCCUGGGAGCCUCGGGAGGAGAGGACCGACAGGGUUCAAAGGUCGCCGAGGAUUCACAGGCCUGCCGGGGAUUAAAGGUCAGAAGGGGGACGUCGGACAGGAAGGACAGAGCGGCACGCCCGGCUCCGUGGGGUCGAAGGGAGAGCGAGGAUUCAAAGGAGAGAAGGGCGAUCAAGGCCUGACGGGGGGCCCAGGAGCACAGGGCCCACAGGGAGAGACCGGCGUAUGUCCUGCCUCCUGUCAGACUGUCCCGGGAAGACCAGGCCCACAGGGCUUACCUGGACCCGCCGGAGGUCAAGGCCUGCCAGGGGUGAAGGGCCUUACGGGAUCCAAGGGUGUGAAGGGAAUUAAGGGUGACCCCGGUAGAACGGGUGACCCCGGAAUGACUGGUGAGAAAGGUGAUCAAGGCGAGCAGGGUGUGUGUGAGUGCACGGACGGAAGAGACGGGACUGAUGGACAACUGGGACCGAAGGGGGACAAAGGGGACAAGGGGGCCACUGGUGCUCAGGGCGCUCAGGGCACCGCGGGGGUGAAGGGGGACAGGGGUGAUCUGGGCUUCCGGGGGCCUCCCGGUCCGUGCAUGUCUCCGGUCCGGUCUGCGUUCUGUGCCAGCCUCCGCGACUCGUUUCCUCGGAGGGACUGGCCCGUGGCGUUCCCCAGAGUCCUCACCAACCGGCAGGGACACUUCAACGCCUCGCUGGGCGUCUACACCGCCCCGGCCAACGGCUCCUACGUCUUCUCCUUCCACCUCGCCGUGGCCGCCAAGCCGCUGAAGGUCGGCAUCUUCCUCAACUUCCAGCCCGUACUGAAGAAGACGGAGGCGAACUACCCGACCACCGUGAGCCAGAGCGUCGUCCUGCGCCUGAGGACGGGGGACCGGGUGUGGCUGCAGGUGAAGGACGAGCAGACCAACGGCCUGUUCAGCGGCCCUGAGAGCACCAGCACGUUUUUAGGGUACCUCCUGCACCCCGACUCCUGUCAAUUACCCCUCGGUCGAGAUUUUGUACACCUGGAACCGCCUGGCAGCGGAGGGUACUCCUGGGACGGCCCCCCGCCCACCACGGCCCCUCCAACGUCGAGGCUGCUCAUCCUGUCCUCUCUCUGCUCUCUCGGGUUGCUAACAAGCGCCGCCGAAUACCAGUUCAGUGAGGACGGCUCCACGUAUGACUUCCGACGGUCCCGGGAGCCGGGCUCGGCCGAGGAGGGCUCCUGGGACCCGGACUGGGAGCCGCCCGGCAGGAACAGGUCUCCUCUCUCUCCUCCGUGGGACAACCACACCUCCAACUACCCCCCCAGCACUGACCUCCAGCAGAGGUUCUGCCACAUGCUGAUGAACGCCCCGGAGCCGCCGCCGGUCAGCCAGCUACCCUUCUUCUGCAUCUGCUCCUUCUGUAAAGGAACUCUGGGAGCAAAAGGAAGCCGUGGAGACCGAGGCCUUCCAGGUGUUCCUGGGAGUCCUGGUCCAAGAGGAAAGGUGGGGUUCAAAGGUCAACGAGGAUUCAUGGGUCCUCAAGGCAUUAAAGGCCAGAAGGGAGACCAGGGGGAGAAAGGGCAGCUGGGUAAAAAUGGCCUCAUUGGGCCAAAAGGCAUGCGAGGAAUAAAAGGAGAGAAGGGCGAUCAAGGAUCAAUGGGCGUCCAAGGCCCACAGGGGCCCCAGGGAGAGACCGGCAUAUGUCCUGCCUCCUGUCGGAAUGUCCCCGGAGCGCCAGGCCCACAGGGCCCGCCUGGACCCGCUGGAGGUCGGGGCCUGCCAGGGCUGAAGGGACUUAUGGGAUCCAAGGGCAUGAAGGGGGCUAAGGGCGAUCUGGGUAGAACGGGUGACCCUGGCAUGACUGGAGAGAAAGGCGAUCGAGGCGAGCAGGGUAUGUGUGAGUGCACGGACGGAAGAGACGGGACUGAUGGACAACAGGGACAGAAGGGGGACAAAGGGGACCAGGGGGCCACUGGUGCUCAGGGCGCUCAGGGCACCGCGGGGGUGCAGGGCAGUAAGGGGGAGCUGGGUUUCCGGGGGCCUCCCGGUCCCUGCUCCCCGGCCGUCCAGUCGGCGUUCAGCGCUCGUCUCAACGAGUCGUUUCCUCGGAGAGACUGGCCCGUGGCGUUCCACACGGUCCUGUCCAACCAGCAGAGACACUUCGAGGCGUCCAUGGGGACGUACACGGCGCCGGUCAACGGCUCCUACGUCUUCUCCUUCCACCUGUCCGUGGCCGGCAAGCCGCUGAAGGUUGGCCUGUUCGUCAACCACCAGCCGGUCUUCAAGCUGACCGAGGUGCACAUCCCCACCACCACCAGCCACCAGGUGGCGCUGCACCUGCGGGCAGGCGACCGGGCGUGGCUGCAGGUGAAGGACGAGCAGACCAACGGCAUGUACAGCAGCCGCGAGAGCGCCAGCACCUUCUCAGGGUUUCUGCUCUACCCCGACUCCUGCGAGUUCCGGAUCGGCCGAGAUUUUGUACAUUCUGAACCACCUCGGAGCGGAGGGUACUCCUGGGACGGCCCCCAGCCCACCACGGCCCCCCCGGCUAAUUAG